AUGUCAUUGUAUUGUGCUACAAAUCGGCCUAACAGCAUAGACCCAGCCUUAAGAAGGUUUGGUAGGUUUGAUAGGGAGAUAGACAUUGGUGUUCCAGAUGAAGUUGGGCGCCUUGAAGUUCUUCGCAUUCAUACCAAGAAUAUGAAGCUUUCUGAUGAAGUUGAUUUGGAAAGAAUAGCUAAAGACUAUCAUGAUGUUGGUGCUGAUCUUGCUGCUCUUUGUACUGAAGCUGCUCUUCAAGUUACAAAUGAACAUUUUCAGACUGCUCUUGGAACAAGCAAUCCAUCUGCUCUGCGGGAAACGGUUGUUGAGGUGCCAAAUGUUUCCUGGGAGGAUAUUGGAGGGCUUGAGAAUGUCAAGCGAGAGCUUCAAGAGACUGUGCAAUAUCCAGUGGAACAUCCAGAGAAGUUGAGAAAUUUGGCAUGUCCCAUUCGAAAGGAGUUCUUUUCUAUGGACCUCCUGGAUGUGUGGAAAACUCUGCUGGCUAAGGCAAUUGCUAAUGAAUGCCAAGCCAAUUUCAUUAGCGUUAAAGGACCUGAACUGCUUACCAUGUGGUUUGGGGAGAGCGAAGCCAAUGUUCGAGAAAUAUUUGACAAGGCCAGACAGUCUGCACCAUGUGUCCUCUUUUUUGAUGAGCUUGAUUCUAUUGCUACUCAGAGGGGAAGCAGUGUAGGGAUGCCGGGUGGUGCUGCUGAUAGGGUUCUGAAUCAACUCUUGACUGAAAUGGAUGGCAUGUCUGCAAAAAAGACUGGAUUUAGUGGAGCUGAUAUUACUGAAAUAUGCCAGCGGGCAUGCAAGUAUGCUAUAAGAGAGAACAUUGAGAAGAAUUUUAUGAAUAUUGGUAACAAGUGCCCAAAUCUUCCACUCGUGUCUAUAAGUACUCGGUUUCUGGAGGCCGCUGACCGAAGGCUUUCUCCUGCAGGAUUAGAGAGGGAGCGCAGGAGGAGGGAGAAUCCUGAUUCCAUGGACGAGGAUACUGAGGAAGAAGUAGCGGAGAUUAAGGCAGCGCACUUUGAGGAGUCCAUGAAGUUUGCUCGCAGGAGUGUGAGUGAUGCUGACAUACGCAAAUACCAGGCAUUUGCUCAGACCUUGCAGCAGUCUCGGGUUUCGGAACUGAAUUCAGGUUCUCGGAGACGGGAACUGGGGGUACAGCUGCGUCCGAUCCAUUUGCGGCUUCUGCUGGGGGCUGAUGAAGACGACUUACCUCUAAGGCUACUUGAGGUGAUGUCGGCAGUGAUGGAUCCGUAUCCCUGCCUCUGGUGA